GGAGGCCACACAGGUGGAUUAGAGAUGGAUUGCUGCAAAAUGUCACACCAGCUUCCUCACCAUGUCUCCAUCCCAGGUGGGCUGUACCCAUUCAGGGUCAUCACUGUGUCUGGCAUUGUCCUGCAGAAUGCUAAGAGAUUCUACAUCAACUUUUGCACGGAGAGUGAUAUCGCCUUCCACUUCAACCCUCGAUUUGAUGAGAAUACUGUGGUCCGGAACACUGAGAUCCAGGGUGUCUGGGGGACAGAGGAGCGAAGCCUGCCCUUCAACAUGCCCUUCAGACAAGGACACAGCUUCACGGUGUCGAUCACAUGUCAAGCUGAGUGCUACAGUGUGAGGGUGGAUGACCAACACCUGCUGGAUUACGCCCACCGCCUGAAAGGCCUGCAGGCCAUUGGUCACUUAGAGGUGGGGGGUGAUCUUGAGCUUUCUAAAGUGAGUGUCUAAGCAGCCUCCCUGGCUGGUGCAGCGCUGUCUGCACCUUCUCCAGCUCCUCUUCCAUUCCCUGCUCCAGCUUCUGGAACCCUGACCUCUGAGGUAGGCUGCCCCUCCCUGUAACAGCAGGCAAAGCCCAGUUCUUUUCCUCUUGCAUAGUGGGGCUCCUGAGACUGCUGAGCCCCCAGCAAAGGCCCACGCUAUAUAUAGCUCUCAAUUGUCCUCCCACCCUCUGUGCAAUGCCUCUUGGGUCCCAGGCCACAGCUGUGCACUGCAGUGAUGAGGGGACCUGCACAGCCUUCCCCAACCCAAUCUUAUGACCUUAAUCUAUCUCCUUGGCUUUGCACCCUGCUGUCCCCAGCCCCUCUGGGAAGGCUGCUUGGUGACAUCGUGCUGGCUUCUCCCAGCCCACCAGAACUUUGUCAGACAGGCUGCUUCCUUUCCUGGAAAAUUUAAAAUAAAGAGAAUACUGUCCUGCUGGUACCGUGA